UAUAUACAAAGCUCUUUCCAUCAGAUCAACAGAUAUCAAAGUAAUGAACAGUGAAGGUCGACUGAUGAACUCGAGGAUUUAAAUUAUUGAGGAGGAUGAGAAGAGAGGCACUGCGCAGCAGGUAGUUUACAAUCCUACUUGUGGCACCGCCGAAGUAUUUUCCUCACUCACUUCAAGUACAUUUUAAAUGCAUUUGCAGCUUUGACAGCUGUGCGCACGAUGGCAGAGGUUGGAAGCUUUCUUGGGGCACUCGAUCUGGAAUUACAAAGUUUUCCUGCACUUGGAAAUAUGCCAUUGGCAGAGUCGCCCGUGGGAUUAAAUGAACGUUUGGGACAGAUUGAGGGGAGGUUACAACGGGGUUUGCUGACGGAUUUUGGUCACCUCAAAGGGAUUUUGCGGCGACGGCAGCUGUACUGCCGUACGGGCUUUCAUUUGGAGAUAUUUCCUAACGGAACUGUUCACGGGACAAGACAGGACCAUAGCAGAUUUGGUAUCCUGGAGUUCAUCAGUCUAGCUGUAGGUUUGGUGAGCAUCCGUGGUGUGGACGCGAGUCUCUACCUGGGCAUGAAUGAGAAAGGAGAGCUCUAUGGGUCGGAGAAACUAACGGCCGAGUGUGUGUUCAGAGAACAGUUUGAGGAGAAUUGGUACAACACCUAUGCCUCUACGCUCUACAAGCACAUGGACACGGAACGUUUCUAUUAUGUAGCACUCAACAAGGACGGUUCGCCACGUGAGGGGAAUAGGACUAAGAAACACCAGAAACUCACACACUUCCUUCCACGGCCUGUGGAGAUCGAUAAGAUCCUACAGGCCUACAGAGACCUGUUUCAGUACAGAUGACCAGAAACCUCAUUGGUAAAACUGGGAUAAGAAGAAGAGGAUGAUAAGGAAAAUUAGAGUGGAAAAAUUGAUUGUCUGAUCUACCCCCUCUACCUACCGCUUCUCCUCACCCCCAAGGUGUUUAUGUUUGGUUCUUCUGUAUAAAUAGUGACCCCCCCCAGCUCCCUUUCCCAGUCACUACACAUCAAAUAAACACCAGAUAUUGCGUGUCUUCCAGGAUGUAACCACCCAGUUUUGCGGAACUGUUUCUGAUUGCAGAUGGAAUAGGAUUUACUUCCUCAAAGCUACAACUAGAGAUGGGGUGAUGGAGAGAGGAAGAGAGGACAGUAGGAGGAAACAAAGCACGAGGAGAUGGAGGAAAGGAUGUCCAGGGAGAGGUGCUGGCCUCUGUUCCAUGUGGCUGUUCCCCCGAGAGUAACCAGGGCUUAAAAUUUAAGAUCCACUUUAAUAUCAGAUGGUCAGAUGGCUGAGCGG